AUGUCAUUAGUUCGACAAGGAAAUAUCAGCAUGUUAGAAGAAUAUUUGUCACCGAUACCAAAUCCUGAUAGAUAUCUCAAUCGAGUCUUUGGCGAUGAAUUCAUGCAACAAUGUUCUUUACUAACAAUAGCUUGUUUAAAUGAACAUAUCAAUCUCAUGCGUGUGCUAAUUAAGCGAUUUCAACUUGAUCUUGAAAUUAAAAAUGAUAUAUUAUUUGGAGAUGGGCAUAAAAAUAAUGAUGCAAAUUUUGCACUUGUACAAUUUUUACUUGAUCAUGAUGCUCGCAAUUUUCCAGCGAUGUAUGAUCAAGUAUCUCCUUUGAUGUGGGCAGCCGAGAAGAAACGAACAAGUAUUGUAAAUGCCAUUAGAUCGCAUUGUCCGUUGAUUGAACAGAUUGAAGCUGAAGAAUUACUUGGUACAACUUUUGUUUGUUUUGAUCUUGAUGAAAGUGAUUUUAAACAAGCUUACUAA